GCUGUUUUCUUGUAGUUACUCUGUUUUACCUUUGUUUUACCAAAGUUUAAUACUUUAUAUGAGUAGCUUGCUCCUGUAGGCUGUGGUAAUGGAAUAGUACCAACGGUUUGCACGGCCCACGGCUCCGGUCUUCUGUGUUCCUGCCGUUUAGCAAAAAACCCAACAAAACCACUUUCCUUAACAACAAAGGAAUUAUGACAUAACAAGAAUCCCACAACGUAAAAGGGCGUAAACUUGAAUGAUUAGUGUAGAACCCAUUGUCUCAUAAAGUUAAAAGGCAUUUUAUAUUUCCAAGUACCAAUUGUGAAUCAAGUAAGAAAGCAUUUGAUGGGGUGAAUAUGCCAUAUUUGAAACCAUAUAAAAAAAGAAACCAUGAAACCGUAACGUAACUUUUUCAUACUAGCAAUUAUGAGUUGGCCUAUUGGUUAAAACUAUCUGAUAACAGCUUAGAGAAUUUUGGAGGUCACAUAUUCAUGCUGGGAAGGGUCUAUGAGCCAAAAAACUCCUAAUCAUUAGAAAAAACCUUUGUCAUGUUGUUUUUGUUUUUUCAUAGGUUAUAACCAAAGCUCUUGAUUGAGCUAGGCAGUUUGUAGAUGGUGAGUACAGAGAAUCUCACAAAACGUGUUCACUGCAAAAGAGCAAGUGUUCAUAAAAGUACUACAAGACGUGGAUAGUUAAGGAAGGUCUCUCAGAAACCCCAAAUUGGCCAAUUAUCAAGUCAAGAUUGUUGGAAUCAAUGGAAUGAGAAGGAUAUUGGUUAGACAAAAAGCAAAGGACAAAUGUAGAGUGAUGUAGGGAAACCAAUGAAGAGAGAUACUUAACUUCUCUUUUGUACAAUCAUUAUCAGAUUCUUCCAAUAACAGCCUUAAUCUUACUUAGAUUUCCAAAGCAAUGUUUUGUUUAAGUGAAUCUAUAUUCCCCAGGGACCCACUGUCCUUUUGCACUUUUCAAGCUUCUCCCUCCAAAUCCCAAUAACUGAUAUAUAUCUACUGGACACAUGAACUCAGAAGGGAUACAAUCUCAUUCUCAUUCUCAUUAUCCCAAACCCUCUCUCAUUUCUUUGAAGAAAAAAAUAAAGAUACUCUUAGAUUCUUCUUGUCUCCAUAUAAGAGCAGAUAUGAUGGGUUCCAGUAAAAGGAUGAUGUUUUGUCUUCUUGUCUGCAUAGGAUUAUUAUCAGACAACAAAUAUAAGGUCUCAGCGUUGAGUAGAGAGUUUUUCCUCAAAGAAACACAAGGAGACAAAGCUGGAGUUCAUCCAGGUGAUAUUGCUGAGCUGAAGAACAUGGAUAUUCAUUUUAGGUACAACCGUGAAGAACACGGAAUCCUCAGCGAAAAUCGACGCAUUCUUGGGGAGGUUAACAAGGAUAAAGUUAAAGCUGAGAAGAUGCAAGCACAAAAGAAUCAGACAAAGGACUCAUUGCAAUCAAGCAAGAGACAUGUAAGACGAGGAUCAGAUCCUAUCCACAACAAAUCGCAGCCAUUUUCUUAACUGGCACAACAAGAAUGAGAUACAAGAAAAAGGCAGUACACUAUAGAAAUGCAAGAGGAGGAAGAAGACGAAAAGGCGCAAUAAUCAAGCUGGAGGUAGGCUAGUUGGGUUUUUCUUGCAAGUAUAGAUUUGAUAGAACACAGAAUAUUGGCUAAUGAAGCCAUCGUGGUAUGCAGAGCAGCAUGAUCUGUUCAGAUACACCAGGAUAACACAUGAUUAGUUUUUUUUUCAACAUAUUUCUUUGGACUUUUUUUUUGCAUUAGUUAUAAGUUUCUCGAUAAGUUUUCUUCUUUCUGCAUUGCUUUGAAUCCACACAAAAACAUAUCUCAUGUGUAUACAAUAUCUCAAAGUUUUGAUCA